AUGGCCCCCUCUCAGCUCCCCCCGAUCUUCAACCCCACCUCCCAGGACAUUGAGAUGCUCCUCGCAGCUCAGUGCCACCUCGGGUCCAAGAACCUCCAGUCUCACAUGGAGCCUUACCUCUGGAAGACUCGCCCCGACGGUGUCAAUGUCAUCAACAUUGGCAAGACCUGGUAUAAGAUCCUCCUCGCUGCCCGUAUCAUCGCCGCCAUCGACAACCCGGCCGACAUCUGUGUCAUCUCCGCUCGUCCCUACGGCCAGCGUGCUGUCCUGAAGUUCGCCUCCCACACCGGUGCUACCGCCAUUGCUGGUCGUUUCACCCCCGGUAACUUCACCAACUACAUCACCCGCUCUUUCAAGGAGCCCCGCCUGAUCAUCGUCACCGACCCUCGCACCGACGCCCAGGCCAUCAAGGAGGCCAGCUACGUCAACAUCCCCGUCAUUGCCCUUUGCGACACUGACUCCCCCACCGACUUCGUCGACGUUGCCAUCCCCACCAACAACAAGGGUCGCCACGCCAUCGGUCUCGUCUGGUGGCUCCUUGCCCGUGAGGUCCUCCGCCUCCGUGGUACCCUCGCUUCCCGUGAGGUUGACUGGGACGUCGUUGUCGACUUGUACUUCUACCGUGACCCCGAGGCUGAGGAGAACAAGGAGGUCGUUGAGGAGAAGGUUGCCAGCGCUGAGGAGGUCGGUGCUGGUGCCAUCGAGUCCGGCUUCGCUGGUGACAACUGGGAUGUUGCCGGUGCCGGUGCCGGUGUUCCUGGCACUGCUUUCGCUGCUGCUAGCGCUGCUGCUGGUGCUGCCAGCUGGGAGGCCGAGGGUGGCGACUGGGCUGCCAGCUCUGCCGCUCCUGCUGGUGAGAGCUGGGCUGAGGCCCAGCCCACCGAGGCUAAGUGGUAA